AUGGAGAAGCUCUGGGUGUAUAGGAACAAUUCGUUGGAAUGGAAGCCCUCGGCGGUCUUGGCGCUUGCCACCAGCGCGGAUGGAUCUCGUGUUGCGGCCGCCAGGGAGGACGGCUCCAUGGAGAUUUGGCUCGUCUCCCCGGGCUCCGUGGGAUGGCAUUGUCAGCUGGUAUGGGUCUUUGCUCUCAUUGGUUACCGUUACAAUUGAGCGCCUCUUCUACUGAGACUAUGGUUUGUUCUGUUGUUAAUUUCCUCUGAUGUAGAGGAUCCAAGGCGACCCUAACUCCAGAGUGUCUUCGUUGCUUUGGUUCCAUCCGAGCUCACGAAGUUCGGGUCCUGGUCGUUUGAUUUCUUCAAGCCUCGAUGGCUCACUGUCAGAAUGGGAUAUUUUUUCCUUGCAACAAAAGGUUUGCUCUUUUUCUGAUGUUUGGUUUUCUUGCCCUUGAUUUCAGUUUUGGCUUAUGGCUGAUGUAGAGCUUACUAUCCAUUUGUGGAGACGUAGAAAAAAGAUAAUAUUAAAAAAAAUCCUGAAAGCCUAUAAUGGUUUUAUUAGCUUACUUUCCAAGGAAAUUUACGUUCGCAGUUUUGGGUGAUUUUAAUUGGAGAUGAAGUUUGAGAUGCCAAAUUGAAUGUUUGUUAGAGUUUUCUAUUUCUUGAUAUUAAUGGUAAAACAUCGACCUGUUCUUCCGUAGACAUGGGGUUAUAUGCAAGGACCUAGUUGAGCCGAGCUAGUUGUUUGGAACUGGGGUGCGCAGAGGUUGAUUUGCCGUCAGAUUUAUUACACAUUUGCGGGAAACCUAUAGAAUCUGGUGGGGGGAAGGGGGGCGACUCUACGAAGUUAAUGGAUUUUACAGGUACGCUUGCGCUGAGGAUUCUUAGGAAGCAAUGUAUGGAUCAUUACGACGAUAUCGCAGCCACUGUGCUACAACUUUUUUUGUGGAUGAGAGAGUUUCGACUAUUGGUAUCAAGGUUGCCUGUAUAUGAUCCCCUGCGUACCAAUCUUGAGUCAAUAAAACUAUGAGCAUCUGAAAGAACACUCAGCAAUUUACCGUUAUACAGAGAAAUUAUGGUCAAUUUUUUAUGCUUUGAAGGCACUGUAUUGCUGAAAAAAAAUUCAGAUUGAAGGUGGUUCCUCACUCUCUUCUACCUUUUUUGCUCUUCCGAGAAAAUCAAUGUUCUAUUUUCUCUUUGAUUGAAUGGUGGCUUCAGUCUAUCCUCAUUUAAAACCUUCAUGGAGUGCCAACAGUGUUUCUUUAGGAUACCUUUUGUUGGUGAUGAAUUAGUUUUUGUCCUGGGUGAGAGAUGCGAGGUAUUUGGGAGGUGACAAGUUUUUAAGUUUUACAGUUGGUAUAUGUUUAUGACUGGUGUCAGUGGUCUGGUUCUAAAAUUAAUUAUGCUUUUAAGGGCAUGUCUUGAAAAUGCAACGUGGGUCUGAAUUACAUUUAUGAAUAAUUACCUGAUAUGGUUGUACGAAACUCCUUUUUAGUAAAUUUCAAAUUUUUCCAUGUUAUGUUAUUGAGUCACACCAGGAGUUUCUUUUUGCAUGCAGGUUAUUGUAGAUUAUGUUGGUGCCGCUAUCUGGCAGAUGGCUGCAGGACCAUCUAAUUACUUGGCGCAACCUUCAAAAACAGAAUUGCGGUCUACAAUGAAUGGAUCUGCUAAUGUCUUUUCUGAGAGUAGCUCUGAAUCCAGUGAUAGUGAUGAGGACUCUUACGAAACUCAUGGGGAAUCUAAUGAAAGUGAAAACAGACAAUUAGCUUUUGCUUGUGAUGAUGGCUGUGUACGUUUAUACUUUUCUUCUGAUUCAGAUACCUUAACUUAUAAGAGAACAUUUCCCAGAGUUAGUGGUGAGACAUUUACUGAUGCCAUUUUAAAUUGUUUUCUAUUGUCAAUAUAAUGCAUCUUUAAGAUUUUUUACUCAUUUAAUUUUUUUCAUCAAUUUUUUAAUUGACAGGGCGCAUGUUAAGUGUUACGUGGAGCCUUGAUGGGAAGCUCAUAUUUUCUGGGAGUAGUGACGGGUAACUCCUCACUGUGAAUUGUUGACUUUUCUGUUAUGUUUCCAUAAUUUCUCUGUAUUCUUGAAAUUGUAACAUUGCACCUAUGAUUUACAUUAUGCUUAAAUACUUGUUCGUUGCUUGUGAUUCCCCUAUGUAGCGAUUCCUGUUUGUGCAUAUGGAAUAAUCAUCUGGCAUGGCCAAUUUUUCAUCGAUACACUGAAUGGCAUAUGUUUAUUCACCCUGUCACCAUUCUUGUUCGACGUUUGCAGUUUUGUUAGAUGCUGGGAUGCUUCAUAUGCCCAUGAGGUCUACAGAAUCACUGUUGGGAGCUUAGGUACUGGACAGGAAAUCUGUGUGUGGUCAUUACUUUACCUCAGGUAAGACAAUAUACCGUCAUAGUUACUCUUUAAUAGCUGGAGUGCGCGUUAAGUUUUAUUAUCAAGACUAUUUCUGAAGCUGGUCCCUAGAUUGACAUAUUUCUUCGAUCUUUUCAUUAGGUGUGGAACCCUUGUCAGUGGGGAUAGUGCCGGUGGUGUACAAUUCUGGGACAGCAGACUUGGAACAUUUUUACAGGCACACUCUCACCAUAAGGGUGACGUCAAUGUUCUAGCAGCUUCCCCUAGUUACAACAGAGUGUUUUCUGCUGGUUCGGAUGGGCAGGUAUGCAUGAUCUUGACAUCUGAACAAAAUGCUUGAUGGCAUAUCGCUCUUAUGAUAUGUGAGCUGCAUUCCGUGCAUUUGUGAAUAUCAAGGAGUCAUUCAUGGAGUUUUUCUUAUGUGGGUUAAAUUGAUGAAAUCUCAAGGAUUGGUCCCCUACAUCUUGAGAUGUGGGGAUCCUUUUUUUUUUCUUCCAUAAUGAAAUAAAAUUAUGCCAUGUAAAGGGAAUGCAGAGAUCCAGUCCAUAUAAUGGACGGGGAAUUUCUAGACUAUCUUUUGUUGAUUAUGCCGUCCAUCUUCGUUGUGAUGAGCUGAAAUUUUAUAUUACAUCUCCUCUGCAGGUUAUCAUGUACAAGCUCUUCACUGAAGCUUCAGUUUCUUCCAAGGACGACUCCUCCAUUGAGAUGAUAAGCAAAUGGGUGUAUGCUCGAUAUGUGAGAGUCCAUACCCACGACAUCAGGGCGUUGACUGUGGCGUCACCCAUCUGUGGCGAAGGCAUGUGCCGGCAAAGCCCUUGGUCCCUUGAUUUAUGUGAUGCAAUCGUUAGAUGCUUCAUUACCAUCUAGCUUGACUUAAAUAAAUCGUGUCAUUCCCAUGUGCAGAUAUCCCGCCAGAGAAGAAGACUAAGAUCCGCCGCCAGAGGAAGCCCAUUGAGUUCAGCUACUCCAAGUGGGCUCAUGCGGGGGUUCCCAUGCUGAUCUCUGCGGGCGACGACACCAAGCUCUUUGCCUAUUCUGUGAGAGAGUUCUCAAAGUUCUCUCCCCACGACAUCUGCCCCACACCUCAGCAGCCCCCACUCAAGCUGGCUCUGAACUCCUUCAUGGACGGAGCUCCACUGGUCCUCGCCCAGUACUCGGGCUGGUUGGAUGUCUCGCGGGUGCAACUACAGGGCAGUGCUGCCUCUGGAAAGGACUACGGGAAGAACGCCGGAACACAGCUGCUGGCCCGUGUUAAGAGCAAGGGAUCCCAGAAGAUUAUCUCCAGCGGAUUUUCCAGCUCUGGGGUGUUGUUUGCUUACUCGGAUCUUACGAAGCCCAGUCUGUUUGAAUUGAGGAGGAACAAGGCCGGCAAUGGCGGCUGCUCUGUUUCCAAGAGGAAGCUACCUCCCGGGCUGCCAUUUGCUCACGCCAUCGUUUUCAGUGCCGAUUCCUCCCGCUUGAUGCUCUCCGGCCACGACAGAAAGAUCUACGUGAGUUCCCACUUUUCUGGGUCAAAUCUCCACAUGUUCUUGGAGUUCCGGAAUCCCGAGUUGACUCUGGUUCUGGUUCGUGUUUGUGUAGAUGAUUCACGCAGACAAACCGGAGCUGAUGCACGUCUUCGUGCCGCGCCGAGACGACGAUGCCGCCGACCGCCGUCUCAGCGAGCCUCCUGUAACCAGAAUGCUCACCAGCCCCGACGGCCAGUGGCUGGCCGCCAUCAACUGCUUCGGAGAUAUCUACGUCUUCAACCUCGAGAUCAACCAGUAAGUCACCAGAGCGUGGUCUUCCUUGUUCUUCGGCCGUUUUAUGUUCUUGCUCUGGUUCUCUCAGGCAGCACUGGUUCAUAUCGAGACUGAACGGCGCGUCGGUGACGGCGGGGGGCUUCUCCCCCGGCAACUCCAACAUCCUCGUGGUCACGACGUCCUCGAACCACGUGUUCGUGUUUGAUGUGGAGGCGAAGCAGCUCGGGGAGUGGUCGAGGUGCCACUCUCAUUCGCUGCCCAGAAGAUUCCAGGACUUCCCUGGCGAGGUCAUGGGCCUCUCGUUCGCCCCAUCCCUGUCUUCAACCUCUGUCAUCAUCUACAGCUCCAGGUUCAUCUCUCUUCCUUUCUGGGUGUCUUCAACUCUUCGGUCGUUCGUUGACCUCGUGGUUGUUUGGUCGUUUACUUAUUUAUUGUAGGGCGAUGUGCUUGGUUGACUUUGGAAUGCCGGUGAGCGUUGACCUGGCCAAUGGGUUUGCUCCUGCGGGGAAGAAGUCCCCCUAUCCUUCCGAAAGCGGCAAGGUCAAGAGGAAGCUGAGGGACGCCGCCGCCGCCGACCAGGGAACAAAAGUGAAGCUGUCGGAGAUCAGGAACUUCGUCCUGUCUGCGUUCAAGGACCCCGUCCUGUUCGUCGGCCACCUGUCGGAGCACUCCCUCUUGGUGGUGGAGAAGCCCUGGAUGCAGGUGGCGCGGACCUUCGACGCGCCGGUCCACAGACACAUGUUCGGAACAUGA